UAUAACAUAUGUGUCUUCACAGUUUCAAUUUAGAUAUCAUGCUGCUCACCAUGCUCCGCGUGGUGAGAGGUCAAUGUUGAUCAUUGGGUGUGGUUUGUUAGGUUGGCGUAAAUUAGCUAAGUUAGCAUUUGACGAGCUAGCCUACACCCAUCAGGUUUAAAGCCUCAUAUCAUGGCCUACCCAAAGUCCCACAACCCAUUUGCAGAUGAUGACGAUGAAGAAGACUUUAAGCCUAAAAGUAGAGGGAUCGAUGACGACCCCUAUGCUGGAUUGACUGAUGCAGAGAGGAGGCAGAAGUACCUCCAGCAGGAGGUGAUGCGUACAGCUCAGUCUGCUGUGGAUAGUUCUCACCGUUCCCUCGGCCUCAUCUAUGAUUCAGAGAAGAUGGGUGUGGACACAGCAGAGGAGCUAAUGCGUCAGGGUGAGGUUCUAAAGAGGACAGACAAAAUGUUGGACAACAUGGAUCAGGACCUGAAGACCAGCCAAAGGCACAUCACCAGUAUCAGGAGUGUGUGGGGCGGCAUGGUCAAUUACUUCAAGGGCAAGCCAGAGACGAAACCACCACCACCACAACCAAAGUCCUACGAGGCCAGCGACAGAUUACAGAAUGCCUUGUCCGGCAGCAGGGAGCAUGAAGAUAAGUACCAAGCAAGUCACCCAAACCUUAGAAAGCUGGACACAACAGGAUUUGGAGCUUCUGCAUCCGCAGAUGACGCCUCAUCCAGACAGAAUGGAUACCCUCAGAACACAUACCUCAAGCAGGCUCACCACACCCUGGACACAAACUUAGAUGAAAUGUCUGAUGGCUUAAGAAGGCUGAAGAACCUUGGAUUGGGUCUCCAGACUGAGAUUGACGACCAGGAAGCCUCCAUCGAUUCUCUGCUGAAUAAAGUUGACAAGAUGGACGUCAAGAUCCACAACACAAACCAACAGAUGAAAAACCUUAAAUAAAACAAGUACUAUGGACUUACCACAUAGAGACAGCACAAUAGCAUCCUCUAACUCCGAGUGAACACAUUUUUUAUCCACAUUAUUUUAUUCUUAAAUGACUGACUGGUCAUUUCCAAUUCAUUUAUUUUCCAGUUUUGUCCAAUCCGAGUUUGCCUCAAAAGUUCCUCAAACCACUGAGUUAUAUUGUGACAUGUUGAUAGAAUGAAUUGUGUCCCACACACACUUGCACAUACCUUAUGGAGACGCCCCACCUCAAAAUAACUGUGAUUAUUUUACCUGCGUGCUUUGAAGAGAAGACUCUCUCCCAUGUGUGUAUUAGGUCGAAGGGACUGUCUGUCCUGGUAAAAUCUCUGUAUGUUGUCAGGUCAAUUUGCAUUUUUUUAGGGGCUUAGAGUAUCACUUUGGUGAUCAAGAAAAACUGACAUGGCUCAUGUCCUAAACUGGAAUGUUGUUAGUGUUUGAUUGAUGUGUCAACACUAAUUCUGGACCUGCUUCCAGCUAUGUACAAAAACACUUUGGCAGUCUGCUCCAGUCACGUUUGCCUUACAUGUGAUAUGUACGUAGAGUACACUAGCUUUUGAUUCUGUGCCAUGACUCUGCCUCUGCUGGUACAUCUCCUCACUAUGAGAUGCUUCAUUUCAUUUGAUCCUCUGACAUUUUUUUUGUUUGAAUUAUUUUUAUGUUUAGAGCUUUCCCUUGAAUUUUACACAUUGUUUAUACAGAUUAAUAUUAUAUCUGAAUGUUGCAGGAUGGGAUUGAGUGAAUGAUGAAGUAUGCGUUGAAUAUAAAACUGAAACUGAAGUAAAAUCCAAUGUCUCAUAGUUAUAGAUAUAUAUAUCUACCCAGGUAUUAAAGUCAUGGGUGGAUGAGCCACUUUUAUGAGUUUCAGAAAUUAAAAUGCAAAUUAAUGAGCAUUUAUGUUUUUGUCAUGCAUAUCUUGUAUUCUUAUCAAAACCACAAUAAAAACAUUCAUCAA